UGGCAAACGUAUGUCGACAAUCAAAUCUGCGCUCAGGUUCAGUGCAAGUUAGCGGUCAUCGGCGGUCUCGCUGAUGGACAGGUAUGGGCCAAAUUCGAGAAGGAAGUGUCACAACCGGUGUCUCAGCAGGAGUUGAAGGCAAUCGCGGAUGGCAUGCGAGACAACCCGAACGCCUUUCAGGAACACGGCAUCCAUUUGGGGGGAGAGAAGUACUUCUGUCUGACGGCAGAGAACAACCUGAUCCGCGGCCGCAAAGGCAGUUCCGCGCUCUGCAUCGUGGCCACCAAUACCUGUCUACUGUGCGCGGCCACAGUGGAUGGUUUCCCUCCGGGACAACUCAAUACAGUGGUCGAGAAAUUAGGCGAUUAUUUGCGGGCAAACAACUACUGAUGUAUGAAUGGCUCACAUAAACCAAUGAUUUGUUUUUCAAAUUUUUAUUAAAAGCGUAUUCAAAAUAAUAUGUAAAGUUUUUUGUCGUUUGCAUCCAAAUAUUACUCUCUUUUUAUGUUUUAUUUGAGAAAUGAGUCAUUAAUUAUUACACAAAUUGUAAAACAAGUCUCGACUCAGACUCACAAUUAUGUAAUCGUUUUGAUGAUGCGUUGGAUUAAAAGUUUUAUUCAUUAA